AAUUUACAACGAGUGGUGUAUUUCGUGUCUCAUAAAAUAACGCAAAAUGUCUGAUGCUACCGAUAAGGUAGCUAAAACAAAUGGCACAAGCGACCCCAUGCAAAGACUAGCUUCAUUGAAACCUGCAAGGGAUUUGACUCUUGGAGGCAAUAAACCUAAUAAGAAAGUAUUUGUACCUAAUUUAAACGUGACCAGGAACAAAAACAAAGGUCCUCAACCAUCGACAAAAGAACAGAAGAAAGAGGAAAAAAGUCGGAAAGAUCGGAAAAAUGACAGAAACAGAAACAAUAGAAAUGGCCCUAGUGUCAUCAAGUCCGGAGGAGUAUUUUCUGAAGGUCUUGGGAAUGCAGAGAAACAGCAUUUUGCACGGUCUUCCUACGGGGGUGGACGGAACUCGGAACCAACCACACUACAAAAACCUACUAUUAGAAUUAAAGAUGUUAUUAAGAUAGACAAGGAGCUGGAAGACCAGAAAAUCAAGUCGGUGCUCGCUGGCGGAGGCACAUACAAUGAGGAUGAAUGUGAAGACUUCAAGGAUUGCAUUGAGCAUGAUGCGCCGGUGAAACUGCCAAUGGAUGAUGGAGGUUGGACUUUUGCGAAGUCACAGGUCAAGGUUAAACAGGAGGUUGUGGUCAAAGUCGAGGAAGGCGAGGAAAUUGCCGGCCCUAUUUUAGAACUACCGAAGGCCCCAGUGGACGUCAAGAGCGACGCUUUCGAAGACACUGACGUUGUCAAUUUGCUGUGCAACGAUAAACCCACGCUCAUCUUGUUACAGCUGCCGGAUUCUCUGCCGGGGCGCGGCGGCAGCAGCGACGAGGGGCCGCGGCGCCGCGACCAGGCCUCCACUUCCAACGACGAGCAGGAACAAGACAAACCGGUCGACAACCGUUGCAGACUAUCCGACUUGGAAGAGGGAAGAAUUGGAAAAAUAUCUGUGCACAGAUCUGGACGUGUCACGCUCAAACUGGGUGACACAACCUUCGAGGUAUGUUCAGGUACAAAAGCAGCGUUUUACCAAGAAGCGGUAUCAGUGGCGGCCGACGACGCUUCAAGGUCCGCCAAUAUCGUGGCCCUGGGCGCCCUCCAGCACAAACUGAAUUUAGUCCCGCAUUGGGAAAAUAUGUUUCAGGACUUACCUGUAUAGAUGUUUAUGUAAAUAAAAUGUUAU